ACGGCAGCUAAUUAGACGACAUUAUGUCAGCUCAAAAGGAGGCCACCAGCUCAGAGGACCGUUUACUCAAAAAACCAGAACAGUACCAGGACCCCGGCUCAACGAGGCUCAGGCAGUUAUCUCCGGGCCAUGUACGUAAAUUGGGCCAGACGAGGAAAAUACGAUACAGGAAGGAUUUUAAAGACGAGGAAAGCCCGGAAGAGAAGGCACGUCGCCACAAAGAGGUGGAGCUGAACCCUCUGUAUAAGGAGUUGUUGUACACUGUUACACAUAAAAUGGGCAAGUCGACAUCAGCUGAGGUCUUCACAGAUAACCAACUUCACCAGUACAUUCAAGAGGCCCUCACCAUGACAGAGUCAGAGCAUGAAGCUCUGAUUGAGAAAAUGCAGAACGCAGAGCCGCCUGUUUGCUGCCUAAUGGUCACUGUAAAGGAAGCCAAAGGGAUUCUGGGAAAAGAUAUCAGUGGUUUUAGUGACCCAUAUUGCUUGCUGACAAUACUGGAGGAUGAAGAAGAAAAACGCACACGUCGAUCUCGAUCCAAAGCCUCCAAAUAUGUGGUGAAGGAUGCCGUGUCUGAUGAUAAGAUUUAUCAGACAGACAUAAAGAUGCAGACUCUCAACCCCAUUUGGAACGAGACGUUUAUACUGGAGUUUGACAACAUCCUGGGCGCCAGCUUCCAUCUUGAGAUGUGGGAUAAGGACGAGGAGGUCUCACUCACUCAGAAACUGGAGGAGUUCAAAACCAACUUUACUAGUUUAAAAAGAAUGAUUAAGGAGGCCAAAAAGGAGAGAGGGACCGACGACUUUUUGGGGAAAAUUGUCAUAAAACUCCAGGACCUACACUGUACUGAAGACAACUGGUACCAUCUAGAGCCCAGAACAGAGACGUACCCUGACCGUGGACAUUGUCACCUCCAGCUCAAGUUUAUCCAUAAAGAGAGAGACGGGACACUAAGCGCAGGUCGAAACGCUUACAUCAACUACUGUGGGAUCCUGCAGCAGUUUGUCCUAUCUUACAUUUCCAAACAAAAGAGUUGCGUUACGUGGAAAGGAGAACUGUGUGGUGAGGCUCAGACUCUACUGGAACAGUACGCUACGCAGAACGACCUCUCACCUUUUCUCCAGGAUUUGGCGAAGUGGGUGGCUUACAGUAAACUGUACCAAAGCUUGGAGGUGGACUCCUCUUUGCUGUUACAGCAGCUGACUAGCGUGGAGUACCACUGGCAUCAACAGGAGCUACCACACCAACAGAAAAAAGAACUUGGGGACUCUCUUCAUGGCUUCCUGCAGUAUGGACUGUAUUUAGUGUCAAAAUACAGAGAUAUCUUCUCCCCGACGCCAAAUACUACUCCAAAGUUGCACACACUGUUAAGAAUCUUGGUUCAAAUCUGCAAGACACAAGCGUUCCAGAAAAUGAACCCAGCUGAGUUUGAGCUCCAGGAGGAGGUCGCUGAUGCCAUACAGACAGGUACACAGGAGUGGUUCACCAACAAAAAAGGUUUGCAUCAGCCAAUGACCAAGGAUCUAUGCGAAAUCUUGAGCGCUCUCUCCAGGUUGAUUGAGGAAGUGCGGGAAGACAUAAAACUCAACAAGGACGUCUGGAACCGAAUAUUUGUGAGCGCAGUGCAAGUGGACGUUUUCACAGAAGUCUACAAGAAGUUCGAUUCUCUGCUUGCUGCUGAAGUGAGAGAAACCUUAUCACUGAUGGAGGGUCGGACUGAUCAGAGUCUAGCCAACAGCCUGUUUCCUGUUUAUCUGAGCUUGCAAGCCAUCCAGAAAGACAAGGCCUUCUUACAGAAAAGAGGUCUACUUAAGCUAACAAACUUUCAUGAGAACUUCAGAGAGGCUCAGCCUUACUGGCUCAACAAGGUGUUUCUCACCACCAAGGACAGAGUGGAGAGGGCUGUCAAGGUUGACCAGCUGCAGCCCCUGCAGUGUGGGGGAGUGCCCAUUAAACACAGCUCCUCAGCAGUGGACCUAGUGGCUUGUAUCCAGCCGGUGUGUGACUUGUGGAAACAGAUGUCCUGGCCUGACCCUGAGGAGGCUUUCAUGCUCAUGGUCAAAAUCACUGAGGAUGUAUGUAAGAUUGUGGUGACCUACUGUCAUAGUCUGAAGGACCGAGUCAGGAUGCUCUCAGAGAACUCCGACCAUGGAAGCGCAAUCAAUAUGCUGUGUGUAGUGGUGAACGACCUCGAAUACUUGCGAUCUGUCCUGGCACGGCUUCCCGUGCAGCUGAACUGGGCGGGGCUUCGAGGGCGCACCAAUCAGGUCAUCGGGGAAAGUCAGUUCCAAAACACACUGCCAUCACAGGUGCAGCAAACUCAGGGCAUCCUCGACCGGGAGACCCGCUCAGCUUUGGACACUCUGGGUAAAAAGUUGAAUACAGACAUUGAAAGUCAUGUCAGAGGCAUGACAACCAGGUGGAAGACUGUGUCCAAAUCCACAGAAGAUGCCGCAGCCCCUCUCAUGCGCUAUCUGGAACAAGAGCUGCAUUACAUGAAUGACAAUUUGGUUGAAGAAAACUUCAACAGUCUCCUCACUACACUGUGGAACAACUCAGUCAAGUUCCUCCACCAGAUGGCAACAGAACAUUUGCAUCAAGAAAGGCUGAUGGAGUUCUGUCAGAGGCUGCUGGACACACUUCAGUGCCUCGAACAGUGCUUCCAUGGCGAGGGUAACGGACUUCCAUUCGAGAUGCUCCAUUGUGACGAGUACAAGACUCUUAAAGCCUACCUGACUCAUCACUCUCUGAACAGCCGCCAGCUCGCAGAAAAAUUUCUCGAAAGCAAAAUAUGGGAGCAGAGAGUGAUUGGCGGUGAGAAAUAUGGCGCGGUCACCCUUCUCACCUCCUACAGGAGAUCUGACCAAAGACUCCGAGUUGAAGUUCUGAAUGCAGUCAGCCUUCUACCAAUGGACUCUAAUGGUUCGAGUGACCCUUAUGUGCAGUUAUGUCUGGAGCCUUAUCACACCUUCCCUGAGGUGGAACCUUGUUGCACUCACAUCAAGAGCUGCGAUCUAAAUCCACUUUUUGAUGAGGCCUUUGAGUUUUUGGUGGGACUGGAUCAAUGCCAGGCUCCAGGGGCCUGCCUGGUGGUGACGGUCCUGGACCACGACAUCUGGAUGACAGACGACUUUGAAGGUGAAGCCUUCCUGUCCCUCAAAGAUAUACCUGGAGUUGCAAGAGGAGGGGAACAGACGGACAGCCUGGGCUCUCAUCCCGAUGCACCGCCUGCCCAAAUACGCCUCCCUCUGACGCACCCAAAACCGAACGACAACAUCCUGAGGUUACUGGAGUCCAGGAAAGGUGAAAAAGAAACACAAGCUUUUGUGAAGAAACGAAGACAAAGAGAGAAACAGUCCAAGGAGGGAAGUCAACCAUAACAUGCACACAAUCACUUUAUCUUCCAAAAAUAUACAAUUUGCUUUAAUGAUCUUUACCAAAAAAAAACAACACAACUAAAUCCAUUGAUAAGGAAAGACUGGUGUGGAAUAAAAUAACCUCUUUCCAGUUCA